AACCGAAUCCGAACACUGAAUGACGGUGUACUGCUGACUGGUGUAUAGCUAUACAUUUUAUGUAGUUUUACGUUCAUGCAAAUCGCGGAUAAAGCAGACGUGCCGCUCCCUUCACCCAGUAAAUUUUUUACCACUGAAACGUAUACCUAGACUGUACCAAAAUUGUCAACACACCAUAAAAAAUAUCUUUAAUUAAAAUUAAAAGCGACUUUCACCGGAAACAUUAAUAAUCUGAUUAGUCGAAUCAAGGGUUGUGGAAUCAUCCCGCAUAUCAGUGAUUGAUCUCACAAUGCAUCCGUGUGCAUGGUCAGUAUCAGAUAUAUCUGUGUGAUGUACCGAGUGGCUGAGUUAAGUGACAAAGCAGAAGCGUCGGCUCCCACUCGAAACUAUUAUCCCAUUCGAGAUUACGUUGGGCCGGGAACUAGCCACUUGAUUUAGUUGCCGCAGGGACACCAAAGCGGUAAAUACGGAGUCGCAAAUCCUGCUUCGCAUCAUUUAUCGCCAGGAUUUCGAUUUAAAAAUGGUGCAGCAAGAUUUGACUUAGAUCGAAGAGGACAUACUAAAGGGUGAUGGUCCAGCGAUGGCUCAGGGAUGCUCAUUAGUGUGAGUUCCGAGCGAGCUAAGAACUUUGAGUGAUUCUGGUGCAGUGUUGUGUUGUGUCUAGUCAUAGUGAAAGUGUGUGAGUGUUGUCCGACCCGGAAUGCCCUCCGCGAUGUUGUCCGCCGUGCUCGAAGAGGAGCCGGAUCUGUAUGAGGCAUUCCCCCCACAUGUUGACCCAACUGGUAUUACAAUCCUGACUGAUAGCCCCCCAGGCAAGAAGGCGCCCCUCAAGACCUAUGAGGAGGUGCAGCCGCUCCUCCAGCAGGGCCGCAAGCGCGACCUCAAGCUUGUCAUCCGCGAAAAUUCCUGGCCCAUCAACAGCCCCGUGCGAGCCGCGCUCUGGCCCGCGCUCUGCAGACAGCACCAGCAUGGCAAGUCCAUGCUCGACGGCUUCUACUGGGACAUGGUCACGCAGGUGUUCGGUACAGUGGAACUGCCGGACAAGCCGAUUAUGUUGCCACCGUUCGUGGAGGCGACCCACUGCCUCGGUUACCACCUGACGCGCAAGGGGCGCGCGGUCGCGGACCGUGUCGUGUCCGUACUGGGUUAUGCAUGCCCCGAUAUCACCUACAGUCCAAGCCUGUAUCCUAUCACUGCGGCACUGCUGCAUUUUAUGCCUGAGGAAGAAUGCUACCACUGUAUGGCGAGCCUGGUGGCGUCAAAGGAAAAGAUGUUCAUCACCCAAACCAAAUUGCACAACGAAGUCACCUGGAAGACGGUCAUGCAGAUCGCCAAGAAACAUGCCAAGUCGGCCGCGCAGCAGCUGUCGCGGCUGUCUGGCGCCAUAGGACCGGAGCGCAUCUACGCCGACUGGCAGUGGUGGAUCCUCGCUGCACUGCCCUUUCCGCACCUCGUCCGUGUCCUCGACUGCUUCUUUAAUGAGGGCAUUAAGGUGUUCUACAGGGUAGCGCUGGCUAUCUUGAUCCUUUUCCAUAAGCACUGCGCCAACACUAGCUCGGAGUGGUACGCGGAAGCCAGCAAGAGCGGCGUUGACCACGCCAUCGACAAGUUCUGCCGCAACAUGCCCGCCUCACCCACUAAGCUGCUCCGCACCGCAUUCAGCAUACGGGCAUUGAGUUCACAGUACAUAUCACGGGUGUUCAUAAAGACGGAGAUGACUUUGAAGUCCAAGCAAGUGAUAACGGGCUCGCGGCUGGUGAGGUCGCGCUCCUCCGACAAUCUACCCACCAGCCAGUCGCAGGUCAACAUACAGAUGAUGUCCCAUACCCUCACCAUACGAGAGAGAAUGUCUGAGGAAACGUGCAAACAAAUGAGCCCUCGCUCCUCCCACCUGGCCCUGUGGUUCCCAUUCCCUAAUGCGGUGUUCAAGGACCAGCGCCAGCACUCGUCUGACCUCAGACAGAAGCUGUUCACUCUAUGGUCGUGGCUGCCGGUGAGGAUUACGAUGUACCAGCCGGUACUACUGUAUACUACAGAAGAGCACGGCUGCUCUCUGACCACCUUUUACGUUCGUGUUGAACAUCACGAACCGACGUUGCUAAUGAUAAAGACGUGCAAUAACGAAGUUUUUGGUGCGUAUUGUUCUACGCGAUGGUUCGAACGUAACCAGAAGGACGAGCGCGGUAACCGACAGGCGUACUUCGGCACCGGAGAGACAUUCCUCUUCAGCCUUUACCCGGAGCGCGCCAAGUACCCGUGGGUGGGGUGCUCGGCGAACGCGGGCGGCGCGGCCGCGGAGGGCAAGGGCGAGGAGCACCGCGUCGCUCACGGCUCCGAGCUCUUCAUGGCCGCAGACUCCAAGAUGAUCACCAUCGGCGGCGGUGAUGGACAAGCGAUCUGGAUGGACGAGAACAUCAGGUUCGGGAAGACUGACCGCUGCUCCACGUUCAACAACCCGCCGCUCUGCCCCAGCGGGGACUUCGAGAUACGAGUCCUCGAGGUGUACGGCUUUUCAGGAGCGUAGACCCCCAACACCCACAUCACCCCCACACCCCACCCACGGAGAGCAAUCUCGUAUAGUAGUCUUCUUGUUCCCCACUCACCCCUUAUCCUGCGCUGUACACCUCUCAAUCGAUUCUAUUCGAUUAUCCACACUAUAGGACGGUUAUUCCGAUUAACGAUUAAUCGAUUGUGCUAAAAAAUUACUCGAUUUGUUUUUUUUUUUGCUGGAUUCGACAGUCGGAUUGAGUUUUGCCUGAUUUGUUACUUUUAAACUCUUUUACGGUAUAUCAGCAAAGGUAUAUAGCAUUUUAUGCUAUCUGUUAUAUUUUUACCCGCGAACUUGUGUUCAGAUUUUUAAUGACAAUUGUUUUUGAAGUCAUUUUAAAAUAUUGCAAAUUUAAUACUUAUGAAGUGGGCAAUAGAUUACAAAGAAGUUUUUUCGGAUCACUAGGAUUUUUUAAUCGGAUCUAAUCUUUGCAAUCGUGACGUUUUAUUUUGAAAUAUUAUCAUUAUUUCGUCUGUUGAAAUUGUAUUUUAGUAUUUGUAGUAAUAUUUCAGUGAUUCAUCACGAUAUUAUUGUUAAAUAAUCCGAUGUAUCGACAACUCCUUGCCGUGUUAACACCAAUAUGUUAACCCUGAGGUUUGUCAUCGUGUGACCCCGUAGCCAUUAUCUGUCAACACAGUCCGUUCAAGACAACGAAAACGGGGACUUAGGUUGUUUCUAAAUAUAUAUUUAGUAUAUUUAAUCGUGUUUAGUGUUUCGUGUAAGUACAAAAUAGAUGUCGUGCCUACUCGAAGUUAAUACGCUUAAAAUAAAAGCAAUAUGUGUAAUGUGUCCGUGCGAAUGUACGGUGUAUCGAUGUGAACAUUCCAGUGAUCGCCUUGAGGUCUAUACGAUCGACCCUAGUGCAACAUUAAUCGAUGGAAUUAAAAAUCUACCUUAAUGCGUUAGACGUAACGUUCAUAAUAUAUUGGCAACGAUAGUAUUCCGUGUUAUUAAGCAUCCUUGUCGCUUUAAGGCUUGUCGUUUAUAUUAUAUUCGAACAGACUAUAUUCGAUUGUCUUUGCUCACAAAUAUGUACCAAAGAGAAUAUUCGUAAGGGGCUAAGUCCUGUUUCAAACGUUCCAUAGACAUUUUCUUAAAUAUUUUUUUCAAAUUGAACGUAUUUUACAAACACGCACAUUAGAUCUUUACAGGUUGAUCUAAUUUAAAGAGGCUUUAUUUUUAUUGCAAUCUUAUGAUAUAUCAAAAGGCGAAAUUUAUCAGAAAAAAAGACAGGUUAAAAAGAAAUGUGUAUGGUAACAUUUGAAACGGGUGCAUACGUGGGGUUACUAAGAAAGUAUUGCCACAUUAUAAAUUAAAAAUUUCCUGCAAUAUCGGGUAAAAUUGCUUAAAUUUUAUUAAAAAUUCUUGUAAAUUUAUAAUUGUAGCGUUGGUGUUGCCAUACCACGCGUCGCAUAGUAUUAUUUAUACAUAUUUGGACGAUAAUGUGCCAAAAAUGGACCAUUUCAAAAAAAAUAUACAAAUUGGAUGGGUUUUGGCUAUCGUAAAGUAUUGUUGGAAUUUCGCUUUUACUAUUUAUACGAUAAGUAUUUACACUUUUCUCUCGUAUAGUUCACUGUAUGACGAAACUUGAUGUGGAUAGGAUAAAUUAUUGAAAUUCAAAGUAAAUUAUGCUCUAACGUUAAGAUUUGAUGAUAUAAAAAGCAAUGCAAUAUGUUAACUGUUUAAUGUCACAAGUUAUAAAUGAUACAUAUCCCUGCCAGUACAAAUGGGGGUUCACUACGCGUUCAUAUCACUCGCGGGCUUGUUCUGUCUACGCUUCUUUAUGUAAAUAUUAUUUCUCCUGUUCCUUUUACUCUGCACAUUGCACUGUCUUACUAAAUGAUAAGCUACUACAAAGUAGAUGCAGCAAGAAUAAUAAAGUUUUAAGGAACUUUUGAGGCUUCCUAAUGAUUGUUUAAUUACGGGACAGUCGCAAUGUGCGGAGUCAAGCGUAGCUAACAGCUGUCGUGUAUUCGAUAAACAAUAAUUAUUAUCAGAAGCCUAAGAUUUGUUUUUAAAUUCAGAUUAUUUAUGUAAUUUAUUGAGUAGGUAACAAGUAUGUUUUGUAGUGUAUUGAUAUAGUACUCUGCGGGGCGGUGACUCGGUCACAUGUUACGUUUUAAGGAUGCUAUAUUAUUUGUUCGCUCAGUUAUUUGAGUAGAGCACUGGCAACACUCGCUCCAGACGACGCGGGGAUAUUUAUAAUACAGUAAUGCAAUAAAACAUGAAAGUAUGGCCAGUAUGUCAUUUAUAAAUUGUGAUUACAUAGAAAAUUAAAUAAAAGAAUGAACUGGCUACCCUGAGUUGUUCGUCUGGACCGGUGUUGCCAGUGGCGGCGCGCGUCGCUUUAUUUUUAAGUUUAAGGUCGCUGCCUCCCGCAGAGCGGCGUCACUCGCGAUUUGUUGCUGUUAGCCAUUUUGUCGUUGAUCAGUGUAAAGUCUAGUCUUUAUUCUGUUUUUAUUCUUUAACGAUAUAAUAUUCUAAAUAUUUACGAAUUGAUAUUUAAAUUGUGCGAUUCGGCCCCGGUAGUGGGCAAGUAGGCUCGUGGUUAGUUAGUUUAUAAGUACAUUUAAUGUAAAAUAUACAGUUAUUAAUCUCUGUUCUCCCUUUCAGUAUUUGUGGUGUACGUUUUUUUUUUUAAUGUGAUGAAUAAAUGUGUAGUGUGCGAGGCCAAGAUGGCCGCCGUGCGAGCGUUGUUACGAUGUACUGUUACAUUCGAAUAGUUUUAGUCCGUCGCACUCGCGACGGUACGAAACUCGUUUAUGGUAAUGUAAAUGUUGCUUUAUAAUGUCUACAAAAUAUAUAAUCCCAUAUAAA